AUGCACUUUAUCGGCGAAUUGAAAACUUUACGAAGAACUGGCUGGGUCCGCAGUGGAGUUCCUAAUCCCGAAUCAGAUUGCGAUCAUAUGCAUCGUUGUGCAGUGCUGGCUAUGUUGACUCCCCACGACAAGAAGGACUUCGAUCGAGGAAGAACUAUACGGAUGGCUUUGGUUCACGAUGUGGCUGAGGCGGUGGCUGGUGAUAUUACCCCCUUCUGUGGAGUUAGUAAAGAGGAAAAGCACAAACUUGAACGGGAGGUAGUAGUAGUAGUUUUCGACUUGGGUAGCCGAGAAACGGCUCAAGAGAUUGAGGAUCUGUGGAAUGAGUUCGAAGCUGGGGUGUCUCAGGAAGCAAUUUAUGCUAAAGACAUUGACAAAUUCGAGAUGGUCUUGCAGGCGUUUGAAUACGAGAAGGCGCACGAAGGGUUUGAUAACAAUGGGAGAAUGUUCCUAAUGUGA